ACAGCCGACUCUUGCUUUGCCAGCAGCAGUCAGUCAGUCAGUCACACGGAGUCGAGUCACAUCUCUGAACCGUGGAGAUUCUCUCUCAGUCGCUUUGUGUAUUUACAGCCACCGCUGCGAAAAACGACUAGACAGAAUGGGCACGAACUGCUCUUCUCGAAUCACAGCCUUUUGGAGAUAAGAGGGCGGAAACGAGAGUAAAACAGACAGAAGAGAGAGGAAAAACAGACGAGGAACGCGAGAAGGCCGAACCCAUCGACGGAGCGCGAGAGCAGCCUAGUUUCUCACGCGACGGGCGCGCGGCGCUCCAGUGGAUUUGCGGCUCAAACCGACAAGGACGAAAACACGCCCUUUGCAAACCGUACAUGUGGAUUAUUCGCGGAAAUUUCUUAAUUUCUUUCUCCUCAGAAACUACAUAAAAGUCUGGUAACGAUAGAUCUUCACCUUCCACGGAGAGGUCGGUGACUGUGAGGACUCAACGCCACAUGAUGCACAGUGUUGGUGACAAGACAACACCCGUUUUUAGUGUGUAGAGGAAGUUGCAUCGUCAGCAUGUCCUCGCACCCUCAGCCAGUGCCUCAGGGUCGGAGGGCUGUGGACGCUCGUCACCUUCCCAGUUCUGCCACCCUUCCUCUGCAGCUGAGAGCCCAUACGGAUGUUGGUGGACUUGUGGACUACCAUCCUCAUGCUCGGAACUAUGGUUCCCAUUUGUCCCAUGGAUCCCUGGCCCAGCACCGCCGCAGGCCAUCCCUUCUGUCUGAAUUUCAACCAGGAAGUGAAAGAGGUCAAGAGCCCCACAUUCGAUAUGAACACAUUUACCUACAUGAUCCCAGCAGCCAUUCAGAAGUAGAGUACUCCGAGAUAAAGCGUUCUCGCUUGGACAUUGGGGCGGAUUCUCUUAUUCGUCACUCAACCCAUCGUCAGUCCCUCAAUGUGUGCGGAGCUGAGGAAAUGGCAAAGGAGCACAGCAGCGGUUCCAUUGGAAAGAUUGAGCCCAUCUCUCCUGUGAGCCCAGUGCCCAUGGAGCACGACCUCGACUUGGUUCCCUCUCGCCUCUCUAAAGAGGAGCUAAUCCAGAACAUGGACCGUGUGGAUCGGGAGAUCACCAUGGUGGAGCAGCAGAUCUGUAAACUGCGUAAAAAACAGCAACAGCUGGAGGAAGAAGCUGCGAAACCCCAGGAGCCAGAGCGCACCGUCUCACCUCCACCCAGUGAGGCCAAACACCGCAGCCUUGUCCAGAUCAUCUAUGAUGAAAACCGGAAAAAGGCAGAGGAGGCUCACCGGAUCCUGGAGGGACUCGGACCCCGAGUGGAGCUGCCUUUAUACAACCAGCCGUCUGAUACCAAGCAGUACCAUGAGAACAUCAAGAUAAAUCAGGCAAUGAGGAAGAAGCUCAUUCUGUAUUUCAAAAGAAGAAAUCAUGCUCGCAAACAGUGGGAACAGAAAUUCUGCCAGCGCUAUGACCAGCUAAUGGAGGCCUGGGAGAAGAAAGUUGAGCGCAUUGAGAAUAACCCACGCCGCAGAGCCAAAGAGAGCAAAGUGCGGGAGUAUUACGAAAAGCAGUUUCCUGAGAUCCGCAAACAGAGAGAACUGCAAGAGCGUAUGCAGAAUAGAGUGGCUCAGCGAGGUGGGGGUUUGGCCUCAGCAGCACGCAGCGAACAUGAGGUUUCUGAGAUCAUCGACGGCAUCUCCGAGCAAGAGAACUCAGAGAAGCAGAUGCGUCAGUUAGCUGUGAUUCCUCCCAUGCUGUUUGAUGCUGAGCAGCAGAGGAUCAAGUUUAUCAACAUGAAUGGGCUGAUGGACGAUCCCAUGAAGGUCUACAAAGACAGACAGGUCAUGAACAUGUGGAGUGAACAGGAGAAGGACACUUUCCGUGAGAAGUUUAUCCAGCACCCAAAAAACUUUGGCCUGAUAGCCUCCUUUCUGGAGAGAAAGACGGUGGCUGAGUGUGUCCUGUUCUACUACCUGACUAAGAAGAAUGAGAACUACAAGAACAUUGUUCGCAGGAGCUACCGUCGCCAAGGCAGGAACAAGAAUAACCAACAGGCACAGCAACAGGUGAACCGCAACAAUCAGGAGGAGAAAGACGAAAAAGAGAAAGAGAAGGAGGGAGACCGUGAGGAGGAGAAAGCAGAGGGAGAAGAGAAAGAGGAUGGCAUAAAAGAUGACACCUCUGGUGAGGACGGGGAGGAGAAAGAGCCUCCUGUAACCGCUAAAGGCCGGCGCACUGCAAACAGCCGAGGACACCGGAAAGGACGAGUCACUCGCUCCAUGACCAACGAGCAGGAAGAAAACACUUCACCGCUAAGCAGUGAGCUGGCAAACCUGGAGAUGAAUGAAAGUUCUCGUUGGACUGAAGAGGAGAUGGAGACGGCAAAGAAAGGUCUGCUCCAGUAUGGCAGAAAUUGGUCCGCAAUCGCCAAGAUGGUGGGCUCCAAAACAGUCUCCCAGUGCAAGAACUUUUACUUUAACUACAAGAAGAGACAGAAACUGGAUGAGAUUCUGCAACAGCAUAAAAUAAAAUCGGAGAAAGAGCGUAAAGCCAGACGUAAAGGUAAAGCUCUUCAGAACGAGGAGGCCAGCGCUCCAUCUGCUGAAGAGGAGAUGGAGGGAUCAGGAGUCAGCGGCAAUGAGGAGGAGGCUCAGGAGGAUGGAGAGGGUGGAGCUAAUAACAGCUCAGACACCGAGAGCCUCCCUUCCCCACGCUCCUCAGAUGACAGCAAGGUCAAAGAAGAAGGCUCAGCAUGGCCCAAAACUGCACCCAAUGCCACUUCCUCCUCAUCCUCAACGGACAAGGACAUGGCAGCAAUGGAGACGGGGCCAGAAGAAAAGCCAAAAGUAAACAAAGGAGAAGGGGAGCAGGGAGCAGUGAAGCAGGAAGUAAAGACCGAACCGGGCGAGUGUGGUAAGGAGGCAACAGGAGAAGAUAAGAAGCCUCCUGCCUUCGAGGUGGAGGAGAGAAAGAAAGAGGUCAAAAAGAAAGAGCAUGGAGGAAAGAGCGGAGCUCAAGACAGUGACUCCAGCGCCACAUGCAGUGCCGAUGAGGUAGAGGAGACGGAAACCUCAGACAAGAACAGGCCAAGUUUGUUGAAUUUCGCUCAUGAUGGAGUGAUCACUUCUCCUGUUCAGAAACCACUGGACCUCAAACAGCUCAAGCAGAGAGCAGCUGCUAUUCCUCCCAUAAUGCCAGAGAUGUCGGUAGCAGGACAUGAUAACCGGCCCGGGUUGCAGGGGAAGCAGCAGGGUAUGCCCCACGCUCUUGCAUUGUACCAGCAGCAGAUUACCAUGGCACAUGAAUCUUCCCAGGAGGCCAAACAGCAACAAUCACAGCAAACCAAAUCUCAACAUAACACAGGAGGCGGAGACUCCAGCAGCCCACGGGUCAGGACUCGCAGCCCUGGUGUCUCUGACAGAGAGAGGGAAGAGCUGGAGGGGAACGAGAGAUGGCUUCAGGCUCUGCUACAUGGAUUACAUAAAUCUCGAUCAUUCUCUCCUCUUGCGGAUGGUAAAAAGAUUCCUGGGGCUGAUGAUGUUCGGGCUUUAGGUCUAGGCCGACCAGUGAUGUCACCAUACCAGCUCUCGCCCAGAGACAUGGCCAAAUUCAGCCAUGAACAGCUGCUACACUAUAAUCCUUCAUUGGCUCCACAGGAGAGAAUGGCUGCAGUGCGGCCUCUCCAAAUCCCAGAACCCCCUCCUCUCAUCUCCUCUGCCAAACCUGGUGGUUCCAUCACGCAGGGUACUCCAGUGCAAUUGCACAACCCAUCUCAUGGCUCUGACCAUGGAAAAAUCCCAGCCCCAGGAUCUCUGGCUCUCUCCUGGAUAGACCAGAGGAAAAUGGGAGGGUUUCCGGUGGUUAAACAGGAGCAGUUGUCUCCACGCGGGCCCACCACCUCUCAGGCUGAGAAUCUCUCCUCACAGGACUGCGCUACGUCACGGGGCCCCAUGCCAGCUGUUCAGGGCGGCAGCAUCACGAAGGGCAUCCCUGGCAUGCGUGUGCACCAAGAACCUUCCGUAUCAUAUCGAGGAGGUUCUAUCACUCAGGGCACUCCUGCAGAUGUCUUGUAUAAGGGCACAAUAACCCGUCUGAUCACUGAGGACAGCCCCAGCAGAGAGAGAAGCAGAGAAGACACUCCUUCUAAGGGGACCUUAGUCUACGAGGGCGUCAGUGGACACAUCCUUUCCUUUGACCGGGGUCCAAAUUCUAAGGAGGAGGCUCGUGGGGACAUGGCUGGGCUGAAGAGGACCUAUGACAUGAUGGAAGUUGGCAUUCCUCGUGUUCCACCCAUCAGAGACUCAAUAUCUGCAGCUGAAGGCUUGAUUGGUCGAGCAAUGCCUCACGAACGCGAUAGUCCUCAUCUGCACCACAUCCGUGGAUCCAUAUCCCAAGGAAUCCCACGGGAUGACUGUCAGCGCCGGGAGGUUAAACAGAUGAAAAGAGAGGGUUCCCCAUCACCCCGUGGCCCUGGUCAUCCCACUGACACUCUUAAAUCACGCUCUCACGAGAGUAUGGUGAACACCGUCAAAGAGGGAGGACGCUCCAUCCACCUGAUCCCUCCUGAGGGGGUUGUGAUAGGCAAGCCCAAGGAGGGCUCAAUCACCCAGGGCACCCCUAUGAAACAAGAGCCUGUUGGUUCAUCUAAGCGCCAUGAUGUGCGGUCCAUCAUCGCCAGCUCUCCUCGGCCUUACUCUGGAAUGUCCUCUAAUCUAGAGCUUAGGCCCGAGCACAGAGGGUCCGACAGGGCCCGCUAUGAGGAGGUAGGGAGCAAAUCCCGACCCAGCGCUGUGGUCAGCACCCCCAGCUCUCUGUCCCGUACCUCUCCAUUGACACUCAUUGGAGAGCAGAGCAGCAGACCCCACCACAGUCCAGUGGGCUAUGAAGAUCACAAAAGAUCCGGCUACCCUCCACCCUCACACAGAGCCUCUCCACUGUCCGGGAGAGAAACCUCACAGCGUACACAUGAAGGCUCUAGUAAGGCCCAGCAGCAGGAGAGAAAAUCCACUCCCACCCCUCGAGAGAUGAGCUCCACUAAGUCUCCAAUGGCAGUUGGUGAGCACACUGCAUCUUUGGCUUACGAGAGGAUCCUGCAGGGGCUGGGAGCUGAGAUGUUUCGCCAGAUACCUCUACAAUUUGACCCUGCAACUCUUCCCAGGGGAAUCCCCAUUGACCCAGCGUAUUACUUGCCUCGUCACCUGGCCCCUGCCCCUGGCUACCCUCACCACUACCCACCCUACCUGAUCAGAAGUUUCCCUGAAACAGCAGCACUGGAGAACAGACAAACGCUCUUCAACGACUACAUUACCUCCCAGCAGAUGCACCAGUGGCCAGCCACUGCUGCUGCCAUGGCUGCCCAGAGGCCUGACCUGCUCAGAGGCCUAACGCCUCGAGAGCAGUCCCUUAACUUAGCCUACUCACCCACACCCAGAGGAACAUCUGCAUCUCCCAUGGAUCGUAUCACGUACAUCCACAGCGGAGCCUACAGCACCUCUCCCAUCUCACCAGUGGGAGCCUCUCACAUGAGUAAGAUCCAAGGCAGUUCGACAUCCUCAGAGAGAGAAAGAGAACGGGAGAGGGAGAGAGAAAGAGAGCGGGAUCGUGAGAGAGACCGAGAGCGAGAGAGGGACAGGGAACGUGACCGAGAGAGAGAGCGUGAGAAAGAUCGGGACCGAGAAAGAGACAAGUCCCUUGGUCAUGGUAACGUGGAACAUGCCCCUAUAUGGAGACCAGGAGCACCUGAACAGAUUGGUGGCAGCAGCAGUUCUCGUCCCCCAUCUCAUCCAUACAGUCACCAGUCAUCUCCGCACUCCCCCCGUCCCCAGGACUGCCUGCAGCAGAGACCCAGUGUUUUGCACAACACCAACUCAAAGAGCCUGCCUAGUUCUGAGCACAAUAGUCCCUCUGUGCUACGGCCACCAGGCUCUGCUCGCUACCAGGGCUUCAGUGGGCACCUUCGGUCUGGUCUAGCCAAUGAGGGUUACCAAUCUGGUACAGACUCAAAUGCUAAAGACUUAAGCAGAGAUGGGAUCAAGAGUCAUGGGCGUGGAGGUAUGCCCAAACAUCAGGACCUUUCAUCCUCUUCCAAGCCUGACCCCAAGCUGGCCAGCCCCGGUGCCAGUGUUUCAUACCCAUCUACUUACAGCCAGGCAUCUGGUGCCCACCUUGGUCUGCCCACAAGUCGAGGGCACCCCUUCAUGGCUUCUGAAAGCAACAGCAGCAGCAGUUCCAUCCCGUCCCGUGGUGGGGAUGGCAUCAGCAGCGCGUCAAGUAGGGAAAAGACUCAAAACAAAGUGAUGUCCAUACAGGAACACGAACUUCGAGCACUCGCUCACCAAAAGGCACUUGAACAGCUGUACGGGUCUGAGGAUAGACUUUCUCCAGGCCAGCAGCCGCCGUCUGCCGUCAAAGGCUCUCAGAGAGUGGUCACCCUCGCCCAGCACAUCAGUGAGGUGAUCACUAAAGACUACACACGACAGUCGCAGCAAGGCCAGAUAGGUGGUCAAUCAUCUCUACAGCCUGUGUUUGGGUAUCACAACUCGCCUGUGCUGGAUCUCACCCGUCCUCCCAGCGCCCCCCAAGCCCAGGCCCCAACAGACCCCAACGCCCGCUACACCCCAGAAGGCACUGCUGCUGAGAGGGAGAGAGGGAGAGACAGGUCUCCUCCUCAGAAUAAGGCCUCUCCAGUGAGUCUGGGCGCCGAUGGAAUUGAACCUGUUUCACCACCAGGGGCCAUUUCAGAGCCGGAGAUGCCAGGAGCCGCCUACCCUAAUGAACAAGCAGAGCAGGGUAUGGGAUCUCGUUCUCCGGCCAGUAGCUCUCAACCCCCAGCCUUCUUCAGUAAACUGACUGAGAGCAACUCCGCCAUUGUCAAGAGCAAGAAGGAAAUGAUUAAAAAGAUGGUGGUCGGCACAGAGGCUGAAUUUAACCAGGGCCAACCUGGGACAGAAAUCUUUAAUAUGCCUGCCUCUACAAAUGCAGCACCCGUGAGCGUGCGCAGUCACCCAGCACCAGAGGCCGGUGGUAAUACUAUAGGUCUGGAGGCCAUCAUCAGGAAAGCCCUCAUGGGCAAUUAUAAUGAACAGCCGGACGAUCGCUCACCGUCCAACUCUGUUGGGCCGUCAGCUUCAGCGGAUGGGCGUUCUGAAGACCCCUACUCCCUGCCAGUCAAAUCCAAAGGAGGGCGCUCUAACGGUCGCAAGACUAAGUCUCCUGGUCUGUCCGGAGGAGAGAGACCUUCAUCUGUGUCCUCUGUCCACUCUGAGGGAGACUGUAACCGUCACACCCCACUCACCAACAGAGUGUGGGAGGACAGACCCUCAUCCACAGGCCCCACUCCAUUCCCCUGCAAUCCCCUGACCAUGCAGAUGCGUCUCCCCAGCGGGAUGAUGUCGGGACCCUCACCUUCCCCUACACAGCAGGGCGCAUCUGCACCCCCACAGGGCCAGACUCAACCCCGCACCUGGGAGGAAGAACCCAAACCUCUGCUGUGCUCUCAAUACGAGACCCUGUCAGACAGCGAGUGAACACACACCUCACGCCACGUACACUAGGACUGAACGUUUGCUGCUUAUGAACAAAAACUUGUUACUGUAAACAGGGAUGUUCGUGAACACGCACGUACUCAUGUCCAUGCUGACACACACUUACGGGAACACCUCAAGUGCACACACUCAACGCCAUUAGUGGAAGUGCAUUAAAUGUCUGCAGACGCGUGUGGUGUCAGUGUGUUUGUGAAUGCACACACAUGUAUGAGCGUGUGCAUCACUCCAGGACUACUUGUAGGAUGAAUCACUUUUUAGUUUUUUUUUUUAUAUGAAUAUAUAUAUAUAUAUAUAUAUAUAUAUAUAUAUAUAUAUAUAUAUAUACUUCUAUUUGUGUCGUCUUGCAAGCCUUAUCAGAGUUGACUCAUGGACUCAUCUGUUUUGUUGACGUGUUUUGGAGCAUUCCUCAUUAGACUGCUCAGGACACACCUUUAUACUGUAAUACAACUGCAAAUUGGUUGUUUUGUGUGUGUGGUGUAAUGCUAAGGCUGAAUGAAUCCUCUGCAGAAAUUAGCACUCACCCACCCACACACACACACACACACACGUGCGUACGCCCUCUGUGUUCUCAUGUGCAUCUGCAGUCCUUCAUGAUGCUUCACGUGUUGCCAAGAUGACCCUGUUGUUUUUUUACGGAUCUGAUGCUGUUGGGCCUUCCGGGUAUGCGUGUGAUGAGACAAGAUCCCUGCACUAAACUCUCCUGGUUUUGAAGCAGAUUUCAUUUCAUCCUGUAACAUUCUGUCCUGACCGUGCUACUUCCGAGAGUUUACAUGGGCGGCCAAACCAUUGGUUUACAGGGUACACAUAAUGUUCAUUAGUUGACAUUAAACCUUCAUUUUUUUUUAUUUUUUUUUACGUGAGUUUUGACACUCAGAAGCGGCACUAGCUGACCAAUAAUACAUUGUCUUUUCAGUCAUCUCUGUGAUCGUUAAUGGGAGAUAUUUUUAGUUUUGAACUUUUUUAUUUUUAUGUACAUGAACCUUGUUUGCAUGUUUAGUUUUUUUUUGUAACGAGUUAAGCACUUAGUCGUCAAAUAGUUCCUGUCUGCGUCCUUCAAUAGAUGCCGGCCUGAUUGCAACUUUUUACACAGCGUUUAUUUUUGUUUACUUUCUUAUACAGUAUUUUGUUGAUUUGUUUCGUCAACUACCUAGUCAAGUGUUCCACUCUCUAGCGACAAUCAGUGGCAGAGAGUUGAGCGAGUGGACACGUCUUUAGGGGAAGCUGCUUUAUCAGGUCUGAACGUCCCAGCAGACCUGAUGUUUUUCAUGUCAUCUGUUUGUUGAAGAGUUGAAGCCAUGCUGUCAGGCCAGUCCUUUGACAUCACACUCACUGAGAGCUGCUUUACUUUUGCUCUCUGUGCUUGAAAGAAUGGUUCGGGAUGUUUUCUUUUUCUGUGGGCUCAUUUAAGGAGAUGAUAUAUCCUGCAUAAUGAAAUAAAGAGGUGAGCAGGUGCCACACCUCAUAUAACCUGUAGUCCUUCACUCUGUACAGUUUUAAAGAUCAUUUUAGUGUUAAGUGCCAUGUAUUUGACAUAUACAUUUCUGAAGUUAAAACUACCAAGUGACUACGCACAAUGUGUUUUUUUUUUUUUUUUCUCUCCUUGCUAUGUCAGGGUUGUACAAUUUGUCACGCAGGCACAAUUUAAAACCGUGAAAAGAACAUUUACUAUUUCAAACUCCUCUCCAAAAUGCCUCUUUUUCGGACCACCUCGGCGGUGUGGUUACUAAUUUUUUUGCAUGCAUACUAGGUAUAAUGAAACAUUUUAAUCCGUAUUGUUUGAGUUUUAUUGGUCACAUGGUUUUACUAUGAAAGGCAUCUUUAACCAUUCAAACUGCGAUACUCAAUGUCAUCUCCAGACUUUGGAGAAAAACUUUUGGAAGCUAAUUUAAGGAUGAAUCUUAAAGUUCAGCAGUGGGUUUUAUCCGGUUUGGGAGCUAUUGUUGUUGCUUUGGUGAUCGAGGACAGAUUUAGUGCACUACCUAGUGUGGUUUUGUAAAAUGGGGCUUUAUCUUCUGUCUCUUCAAUUCCAAAUACACUCUCAUCAAGAUCCCUGAAUGGGGUGUGUGAACAGUAGCUACAUAAUAUAUUUUUUUUUACCAUAACUUCUACACAAACAUCCCAGAAUGCUCUGCUCUGAUUUUGAGAUUCAUUCUCUGACAUAUCACUCCAGACAGUAUUGUAUUUAGUGGACAAGUCACUCUAAAGUUCAGUGUUUUCUUGUGUAACGAGCCCUCUUUCCUCUUUAUUGACUGUUUGUUUGACCUUUUUACUGAGGACAGUAUUGCACUUUCCUUAGAUGAGGAGGCAUUCUCAUUUGUAACUGAUAAACAUAAAUGAAGCUGAGAGAUUCAAAGAAAUGAAGAGGAGAGAGGUGGGAAAACAGUGCUAAUAGUGGCCCCUCUUAAGAUUGGAAAGGCUAACUGGGUAUUUGGGUGGCAUCUGUUUUUAUACAACCAUUUUGUGCACCGUGCAUUCUGUUUUUUGUUUUGCAUUAAGACCCACUGUAUUAUAGCGAGGAGUGUAAAUAGACCUAAAAGGAUGUACAUAUUUAUGUGAUUUUCUGCAAGAUUGAUCUUCACACUGUUGUAUUUCAACAUGGCCACCAGCAAGCUUUGUGGAUAGCAGUGUAAAAAUUAAAUGGAAAAAAACAGACACUGCCUUAAUGUUUAAAUAAAAAGCUUAUUGCCAUUGA